UAGGAGCGGGAGAUAGGGAAGGAGGGCGGGCCGGGGAGGAGGGAUGCGGUUCGGCGGAGGCGGCCGCCACAGGGACUCGCCGCCAUCACCUCAGUCGCCUCAGCCGGAGAGGAGCCGCCGCCGGGGCUGCCCGCCGCCGCCCCGCACGUCCGGGGAGAACCUUGGCGUUGAAUGACAAGGCAACAGGGUCUGGAACUGAACCUGCAGUAUCUCCGAGUAAAGCACUCAACUGUGUGGGAUAUUGCGUAAAUCUUAGAAGACUGCAAUAAAGCGGCAAUGUCUCGAGAACCCACCCCACCUCUCUCUGGAGAUAUGUCUACUGGUCCUAUAGCAGAAAGCUGGUGUUACACACAGGUUAAAGUUGUAAAAUUUUCCUACAUGUGGACCAUUAAUAACUUCAGUUUUUGUCGAGAGGAAAUGGGUGAAGUGUUAAAAAGUUCAACGUUCUCAUCUAGCCCCAGUGACAAAAUGAAAUGGUGCCUGAGGGUAAAUCCAAAGGGAUUAGAUGAUGAAAGUAAAGACUACUUGUCCUUAUAUUUGCUUUUAGUCAGCUGUCCAAAAAGUGAAGUUCGAGCAAAAUUCAAAUUUUCCCUUCUGAAUGCUAAAAGGGAAGAAACAAAAGCAAUGGAAAGCCAAAGAGCAUAUCGAUUUGUACAAGGGAAAGACUGGGGUUUUAAAAAAUUCAUUCGAAGGGAUUUUUUGCUUGAUGAAGCUAAUGGUCUUUUACCAGAUGACAAGCUUACAUUAUUUUGUGAGCAUCUCCAGCACUGCUUGCAGAAGAGGAGGAAGCAUUGCACUGGCCUACCUAAAGAACUGCCUCCUCCCCUCCCCUGCAAGUGGUGCUGUAGACAGGUGAGUGUGGUCCAAGAUUCAGUAAAUAUAUCAGGACAUACUAAUACAAAUACUUUAAAGGUGCCUGAAUGUCGACUAGCAGAUGAUUUAGGUAAUCUCUGGGAAAACACAAGAUUUACAGAUUGCAGUUUUUUCGUGAGAGGACAAGAAUUUAAAGCUCAUAAAUCUGUACUUGCAGCUCGAUCCCCAGUUUUUAAUGCAAUGUUUGAACAUGAAAUGGAAGAAAGCAAAAAGAAUCGAGUGGAAAUAAAUGAUGUAGACCCUGAGGUUUUUAAAGAAAUGAUGAGAUUCAUUUACACAGGGAAGGCGCCAAAUCUUGACAAAAUGGCUGACAACUUGUUGGCAGCUGCAGACAAAUAUGCACUGGAACGGCUGAAGGUCAUGUGUGAAGAAGCUUUGUGUAGUAACCUCUCAGUAGAAAAUGUUGCUGAUACCCUUGUCCUUGCAGAUUUGCACAGUGCGGAACAGUUGAAAGCACAAGCCAUAGACUUUAUUAAUAGGUGCAGUGUACUUCGACAGCUUGGGUGUAAAGAUGGGAAAAACUGGAACAGCAACCAAGCAGCAGACAUAAUGGAAACAUCUGGGUGGAAGUCCAUGAUUCAGUCUCACCCACAUUUGGUAGCAGAAGCCUUCCGAGCACUAGCAUCUGCACAGUGUCCACAGUUUGGUAUUCCACGAAAACGGCUGAAACAGUCUUGAAAUCUUCCAUGAACUGUAGAAAAGUGGAAUUGACUUUCACUCCUCCAGGUCCAGAAGGAUUCUAAUACACAAACCAUAAGCAAGAGUUGUUUCUGUUGUCUUGUCCACAGAACAGAAGCUGAAAAAGCAUAUUGCUUGAAUUUCAGGUGGAUAAUUUAUGGUUUAUUCUUCAGCUUUAAAUUAGACUGAUUAUACUCUAAUUCACUUCAAGGCCUUAAAUUAUCUUCAGUGACUUCUCUUGUUCAUAUAUAUACUUCAAUUUUUUUAUUGUGCCUUGUCAUUGUGACCAAGGCUAUGCAGGAUUGCACUAGCUCCAUAAUGCAGUAAUAUUGAUAACUGAAGAUAAUAAGUUUCAAAAGGAUCUUCCAUUAGUUUGAGAAAGGCAAAUGAAUAUGAUAGGGUUUGUCCUAUGCUAUCUCAAAGUUUAAAACUAGGUUUUCCUUAAAAGAGCACUUGUAUUGGAGAUUACUGGUAAUGUCUCCAGUCUAAGUUCUGUAAAUACAGGAGAACCUGCUUACCUUCAAGGUAAGUUAUGGCAAUACACUGCUUCAAUUCUAAUUUAUUUUUCAUUUCAGGGGGCAAAUAUGCAAUGAG